GCACGGGUUCCUUCCGGCUAGCUCUCCCUCAGCUCCCCGAGGCCUAGACAAUCAGCAUUCCUACGAUGAUACAUAUAAAUGAGCCUCACGCACAUCACAGUCAGUGGACUACCUGUUGAGACUUUACAAUGGCUCACGGCGACCCCUCGGCGGUUGAGCAGCAGCAGCACAUAUACGAGUCGUUGCUUCGCUACUUCGAGGAGUAUGAGGCCGGUGUGUUCGAAGUUGAGAUUCUUCCACCUGCACUGGAGCCUUCUGGAGGUCUCAUUCAAGAUGGCAAAAGCUUGGGGAUAUCAAAAAAGGCUCUGGUUUCUGCCUUUCUGAUAGCACGGCAAACAUUCUUCGACAACAGAAACAACAGUCCAACUGACCCAAAGGCCCUUCAGGCAACCAAGAUUAUGCUUCUGUUUGAUGGAGAGCAGCUGACGGCUGCAAACUUCCGCAAGCGCAGAUUGAUUGCCCUGCGAGAUGCGGACGACGUGGUUACAUUUCACCAAGCAGUACUUGCAGAGCUCGCUUUCGUAGGUAGCAUCCUUUCUUCUCCACUGCACCGACAGACCAAAUCACCUACUCUUUGGUAUCACCGUGCGUGGCUGCUGGGGUUGAUUGGCCCCCUUGAAGUGGAACGCGCUUCCGGCAAACGCAUGGCUUCUAUCAUCUCCACUGCGCUCGACUCCGUGUGCAAAGCUGGAGAACGGCAUCCGAAGAACUACUACGGUUGGAAUUAUGCUCGCCGGCUGGUCACGUCCUUUGAUUGGGUUGCCGGAGAGAUGGGAGCACCUUUCCCUUUCGACUGGAUUGUGUCUUUGUUCUCAGAGCGACUCUGCAAGUGGUGUUUCAAGAAUCCCAGCGAUUGCUCAGGCUGGUCGUAUUUGUUCUUCCUGCUCAUGCGACUUGAUCCUGUCGACGAGCGAGACGAGAUAGUCGAGAAGGUUCUCAAAUACGCUGCUCAGAUCAAGUCCGAGAACGAAUCGCUUUGGGGUUUUGUCCGCGUCGUGCUUGCGCAUCCUACACUUCUGGGGGAUCGUGAAACCUUGAUCGAGACUCUUGAAGCAAGCGUCAAAGACACAGAAUCAGACUGUGCAUACUCGACAUAUGUGAAACAGAGUCUGCGGUGGAUCAAGACUUCAGGCAAAAGACCACUACCUUGAGGGAACACAUCUCCCGAUGUUGAGCCACUUCGCAUUAUUCUUUCCGACGACGAGGGAACAAUCUAGUAAGAAAACGCCCUAAAAAAGAUGGCUUCGAUGUCGGAACAGGAGA